AUGACAGCCAACAUACCGGCGCUGGCCGGCAACGGUCUGUCUGCCACCAAACUCACCCACCAAGCGCCCUUCGAAACUAUCAUCAAGGACAAAGCGUCGCAAAAGCUCAUCAUCAGCCUCUCGCUCCGACUGCGUCGAGGUCAGAUCUCGGGGCCCGAAGCUGUUUCGGAAGCAACUGCAAAAUCCCUUCGAAGCGUUGUCUCCUCAGCGAAGUACAACUCGAUGCAGGAGCUUAUCGACAUUAUCAAGGCGGCGGGACGAUACUUACAGCUCUCGCAGCCGGCCGAGCAGUCGAUUGGCAACAUCACGAGGAGAGUGGUGCAUCUGUUGAGGGAGGAAGCGAAAGCUGCAUUGUUGGAAGCGCACGAGAAGGAUAUAGGUGGCAUUGGAGGAAGGAGGAGUGCCGGGUCGGGUAGUGGCAUCAACAGCCUGAGCAACUCGAUCUCGGAUUUGCACCUUGCGUCUGCGUUUGGUGGUGGUGCUGGAUCUGCGAUCCCUUCGCAUGUCAUGCAGUUGCAAUCGCCCUCUACUUCCGCAUCGAGCUCGUCCAACUCGAUCCCCCAACUGCCUAGUCAUGGUGCGAACAGAAGCAGCACCUCGCAUUCCCAGUUCCCAUCCAGCUCGUCUUCGACUGGCACCAGCGCCCAUUCUCCCGCGACCCGUCCAGGACCCUACCCACUCCGCGCUGGCUCAGAAACCACCCCGGCUGGCUCUUCGGCGUUUGUUCACGGAAGCUUCUCCAUCUCCGACCUUGUGGCAGCAGGUGCUAUGGCUACGUCGACGCCAUCCAGCCUUGCGCACACGCCUGCGGACGGAAGCCACGUUUCGACUCCGCAUGCUUCUUUGUCGCGUAAAGGGUCUGGCGUGUUUGAUUCGAGCCUUGCGCAGCUGUCGCAGCAGAUGUACGGAGUGAGCCUGGCCGAGGAUGCGGCAGGUGAGGCGGAGGCGGAGGAAGCAAUGCAUAGUGGCAAGGAGGACGACAGUGAGAGGGAGGACGAUGAUGACGACGAGGAUGAGGAUGAAGAUGAGGACGACGACGACGAUGAGGUAGACACAUCGAAGCUCAUCACGGGCAAGAAAUCAGCCGGAGCGUACUUCCUCAAACCUCUCCUCAUCCAAGCCAUUCAGGACCUGAUCGACGAGCUGGAAACCGUUGACGACAACAUCUCGAAAGUCUCGCGCGAUCACAUCCACUCUGGCGAAGUCAUCCUCACUCUCGGUUCCUCCGCCACCGUCCAAGGAUUUUUUAGCUCCGCGGCCAAAGACCGCAAGUUCACCGUCAUCGUCCCCGAGACCGCGCCGUCGUACUCGGGGCACACCCUCGCGCGCGCACUUGCCAAAUCGGGCAUCUCGGUACUACUCAUACCGGACGCCUCGAUCUUUGCCGUUCUCCCACGCGUGUCCAAGGUGGUGCUUGGCGCACACGCCGUGCUGGCCAAUGGCGGUUUGAUCUCCGCCGCGGGCUCGUACGCUACCGCUCUGGCGGCGAAGCAGCACAGCACGCCCGUGAUGAUCCUUACAGGCGUGUACAAGAUCUGCCCCGAGUGGUCGAGCAUUCAGACGUUUGCCAACGCGUCGGGGAGCGUAGGCGCGCUCGGGCCCGCGGCGCUGCUCGACUAUGCCACUAGCAGCAGCAUCGUCGAGAACGCCGAGGUGGUGAGCAAUGCGUUUGACUAUGUGCCCCCGCAUCUCGUCGAUGUGUUCAUCACCAAUGUUGGAGAACACCCGCCCAGCUAUGUCUACAGGUUGGUCAAGGAGAACUACCACCAGGACGACAUUGUCUUGUAA